UUAAAAUGUUUUCUUUUGUACAAGGGUUAGCUUGUCACCUGUGCUUUCUUAGUAGAGAGAGAGAGGGGGCAAAUUCUUCUUCUUCAUCGUCUUCUUCAUCUUCUUCUUAAAAAUCGCACCCUAUUCUUCCCUAUUUGCAUCGCAUUUGUUCUUGAAUCUCUUUAGUAUUCCUAAGAGAGUUAUCUUAGAGAGAGAAAGAAGAGAAUGUUCCAUACAAAGAAACCCUCAAAUAUGAAUUCCCAUGAUAGACCCAUGUGUGUUCAAGGUGACUCUGGUCUUGUCUUAACUACUGACCCUAAACCUCGUCUGCGUUGGACUGUCGAACUUCAUGAACGCUUUGUGGACGCUGUUACUCAACUUGGAGGCCCAGAUAAGGCCACUCCAAAGACCAUUAUGAGAGUCAUGGGUGUGAAGGGUCUUACCCUUUACCACCUCAAAAGCCAUCUUCAGAAAUUCAGACUUGGAAAGCAACCACACAAGGAAUUUAGUGAUCCCUCAAUUAAGGAUGGUCCAGCAUUAGAUCUUCAGCGAAGUGCAGCUUCUACUUCUGCAAUGAUGGGCCGCAGUAUGAAUGAUAACUCACACAUGGUUGAUGCGAUUAGGAUGCAAAUGGAAGUGCAGAGAAGACUGCAUGAACAAUUAGAGGUACAAAGGCAUCUUCAAUUAAGGAUUGAAGCGCAUGGGAAGUACAUGCAGAACAUGUUAGAGAAAGCUUAUCAAACACUUGCAGGAGAAAACAUGGCCUCUGGAAGCUACAAAGGAAUUGGAAAUCAAGGAGUUCCUGAUUUGGGUGCAAUGAAGGAUUUUGGGCCUCUAAAUUUUCCACAAUUUCAAGACCUCAACAUUUAUGGAGGUGAUCAACUUGAUCUCCAACAAAAUAUGGACAGGCCGUCUCUUGAUGGCUUCAUGCCAAAUAAUGAUCACAUUUGCUUGGGAAAGAAGAGGUCUAGUCCUUACAGCGGCAGCGGCAAGAGCCCUUUGAUUUGGUCUGAUGAUCUACGUUUGCAAGAUCUUGGAUCAGCACCAACAUGUCUAGGACCUCCAGAUGAUCUUUUCAAAAGUGACCAGAUUCAGAUUGCUCCACCAUCAAUGGAUAGAGGAACCGAUCUGGAUUCAAUAUCAGACAUUUAUGAAACGAAGCCAAUGCUUCAAGGUGAUGCAAUGGGUGAAAAGAAAUUUGACGCAUCAACAAAGCUUGAAAGGCCAUCACCAAGAAGAGCACCCCUUCCAACUGACAGGAUGAGCCCUAUGAUCAAUUCUGGUGCUAUGCCGCAGGACAGAAAUUCACCGUUUGGGUGAAGCGCAUACUGAUCUAUAACUACCUUGAUAUGUAAGUGACUUGAUGAUAUAAAGUACGCUCUUAAUAUUAGCCUAUGUAGGGUUUUGGUCUCACAAGUUGGCAAAUUUAUUGUUAGAACUAGGUUCUUCUACUCGAGCAUGAUAUAGAUAAUGCCAUGCAUGGCAAUAUCAUCAAAAUUAAAUUAUAUUAAUUAACUAACUAGUACGUUUCGUACUUACUUUA